UUGUUUAUUUAUUGUUUUAAGUAGGAGUCGUGUAAAGUGGAAGCACUGGUUAAACAAAGAUAUCUCCUUCUCCUCCAGUUAUUCUUCGUCUUUUCAUUUCUCACCGUUGAUAUUCUGCUGUACUUUUUCGAAUUCCCAAACAUGGAGAUCACCAGAAGUUUAACUCACAUACAGAUAAUAUCGAAAGUGCCGAUCGGAAUUUACUGGUUCACUAUAUUUGUGUUCGACUUUUUCUGUUUUGUAAUCAUCGUAGCUGUUCGAAUUUUAUUAUUUCAAGUGGUCGAUGACGCAUUUAAUUUCAUUGCGUUUACUCCACCUUUUAGAGUACUUCUGGGUAUAAUAUUACUAUUAGGAGUCAGCGGAUUAUUAUUCGUGUACAUACUCAGCUUCUACCUACGACCAUCGAAAGAAACAUUGAUAAAACUGUUUGUGUUAAAUUUCAUAUGUGAGUAUAAAUAUUCGAUUACCUGAUUAGGUAAUAGAGGUGCAAGUAGCUUUUACGACCAAUACAUCGUUAUUUUGAAGGUAGUGCAGUUGUAUUAUUGUAUUGGAAAUACGAAGACGAAAUUUUUGGAUUUGUUGGCAAGUUUAAAAUAGUUAUUCGGGGAAUUGAAAUGAUUCUGUUAAUUGUCCCGUUCUUCAAUUACAACUUACUUUUUAUUAAAUAUAUGACGAUUUGGAGUGAAAACGCCGUGUGUGACUUGUGUGCUCCGCCUUUAAUACCGCAAUGCUUAGGUAAAUACAAAUUUUACCUUAAUUCGAUUAACCACUUCAUUUUCAUAAUAAAUUUUCAUAAAUUUAUUUUGAAACGCAGAGAAACUCAAACGAUUACAUUACUUGGUGUUUGCGUCCGAAGAGAACCCGUAUGGUUUAUUGUUGGGAUUCAUAUUUCUAAUUGCCAGCAUAAUUUUUUAUUUCAUUUUGUUUUGCUUGAUUAACGCCGGGGUUUUUGGAUACAUUAACAAGAUUUUAGGUGCGAGUAAAAUACAAGAUGAUUUUAGUGACAGCAACGAUGAUGUGAAACAAGAACGCGAUGAAAUACAAGAAAUAAAACAGAGUGAAUCUUUUUACAACGAAGUUCCUUUAUUGGUAGAUGGAUUAAGCAAACAUUAUUUCAAGACGUUUCAAUCUUACAUAGCUGUCGAAGGUGUGAGUUUUAUUACGCGAGAUGGCAUGUGUUUUGGAGUUUUGGGAGUGGAUGGAUCUGGGAAAACAACCAUUCUGAAAAUGAUGACUGCUGAAACAACUCCAACGAGCGGAGAUGCCUCAAUUCAGGGCAUCAGUUUGACUUCUGAUACAAAACGAUAUGUCUCCAAGAUUGGAUAUUGUCCUCAAACUAAUCCUCUGAUGGACGAAUUAACAGGUAGAGAAAUGUUGGCAUUGAUCGCAUCGUUGAGAGGGAUUUCAGGAUACGACUCUGAAGUACUCAUCGAUCAGUGGAUCUCUUUCCUUAAAAUGGAAAAAUACCAACAUAGGUUUUGCAGUACAUAUAGCAAUGGAAGUAAACGAAAAUUAUGCACAGCACUUGCAUUACUUGGCAAUCCUAAAGUAGUUUUUCUUGACGAGCCUACGACUGAUUUGGAUCCGGUGUCGACUCGCAGAUUACACGAUAUUAUUAAAAAAUGCAAAAGUGCAGGUUUAAUAGUGGUGUUGGCGUCGCCGAACAUGGAAGAAUGCGAAAUUCUGUGUGAUCGUUUGACUAUUUUGGUUCGAGGCGUGAUGCAGUGCAUUGGAACUUUGAAAGAUUUGAAGAAACAGUACGCUCAGGGAUAUUCUGUGACUUUAAAAAUCCACUACGACGUCACUUCCGCGGAUGAAACUUUUGCCUUGGAAGAGAAUAUGACGAAUGUAUUUAAUCCUCAAUAUUGCGAACUUAUAGAAGAACAAAGGGGUUUAUUACGUUAUCAUAUCAGUGAUCCAGCUGUUCAAUGGUCGGACUUAUUCAGAAAUUUAGAAGACAUUAAGAAUAACAAUCCAAUUGUAGAGGAAUAUAUAGCCACCAAUACAACGCUGGACGACAUUUUCAUCUCUUUUUCUCAGUCGGAGUACGACCCAAACUCCUCAGAUUAUUAUUAAGACCUCUUGUAAUGUUAUUGUUAUCGUACGAAAGUAUUUGUCAAUGAUUUCGUUAUUUUAUAUUUUAAUGAUUUAAUGAUUUUUCAUCAUUUUUAGCUG